UUAAAUUAGAAGGCUUUCUCUACCAAAACGGCUCUUUUAAGAGCCACCACAUUCAAACUAAAGAUAUUCCCUAUUUGUCUGAAAUGUAAACUUUAUUACAGUUUUCAACCACUUUUACCAUAUCGCCAAUCCCCCUGCAGGAGCCUAUUAGGGUGGACAAUACUAGUGGUGUGUCGGUAAUGAACAAACGGGUCAAAAGAACAAGUCAUGAAUGGACGGCCAACCAGUGUCGGUCAUCACAGUUUUUCAGUCAGCUAACCCCACCCGCCCACAGCGAGGUGCGACAAUAGUUUAAGACCGGCAAGCACGCAGAUAGCCCCGCUCUGCAAAAGGAAUGGUGAACGCAGAGUCUGCAGCCAAUCAAAAAAAAGCAUUUGCAGCUGAACGGUAUUUUAGGGGCGGUGACCUUGUUCAUUUCUGUUCACAAAAUAGAACGAGUUCUUUUGACCCGUUCGUUUAUGCUCUCGGCCGACGGUACGAUGAGACCUGUGCGCCGCAAAGCACACCUCGCUAAACACAAACAAACAACUGGCGGUACAAACUAAGAAAAAAUGCGCAUAAAAGCAAUAAAGGAGUAAACCCUCCUGUGUAAUAAGUUUUUGGGGGGUUCAAAAACCAGGGAGAACACCGUGUUUUACAAUUAAAGUGUAUAUAAGACUCUAUAUAACACCGAACUCAUCACAAUGCUAUAUUUUGACUGAUAAAAUGUUUAUUUGAUUAGUUAUGUUAAAAAAGUAAUUCUUGUAAUUGUGCACGAAGUGAAUACAAUUUGCAGUACAAGUGAUAACAUGUCAAUGCUUUGUGCUGAGUGAAGCUCCGCCUAGCGAGACUACUAUAGCGGUCCUCUACCACGUCCGCAUUUACUAAAUAAGAAUCCCGGCUGCAUAGCAUCUUGUAUCUCUUGACAAACACUUUCAAAAUGUCUGGAAGAGGAAAGGGAGGCAAAGGAUUGGGCAAAGGUGGCGCCAAGCGUCAUCGCAAAGUUCUCCGUGAUAACAUCCAGGGUAUCACCAAGCCAGCCAUCCGCCGUCUGGCACGUCGUGGCGGCGUCAAGCGUAUCUCUGGCUUGAUCUACGAAGAGACUCGCGGUGUGCUGAAGGUGUUCUUGGAGAACGUCAUCCGUGAUGCCGUCACAUACACCGAGCACGCCAAGAGAAAGACCGUCACCGCCAUGGAUGUGGUCUACGCCCUGAAGAGGCAGGGACGUACGCUGUACGGCUUUGGAGGCUAAGCGCUGUCUUUCACAAUAAGAAACCAAAACGGUCCUUUUAAGGGCCACUCAACACUUCUCCUUAAGGCUGUUCCUUCUAUUUAUAUUGUAGUUUUGACUUUACCUAUAUAUAUAUAUAUAUAUAUAUAUAGUCAAGCUAAUUUACAAUAGAAAAACAUUACGUUUAUAUUGAAAAUACACACACUAUUAAGAAAAUGGCUGUUUGUUUUUACAUGCCUGUGGACAUUCCAGGCAGGGGCUCGUAUCCCUGGGCAUUAUAGGCAGUUCUGUUCAGAUCUGUUUUGUUCCCCCAUUAACUUCUCAGAAAUAUAGGUCGCACUUUAAUGUACUUGUAUGAGAAUUGUAUCAUGUAGGAUGACAAUUAAGUCUAACUGUGCUUUAAAUCAAAGGGGAAAAAUCUAUUUUCAUAAGACGUUUGGCUGGGAGUCCGCCACUGCAUAUAACAAUAUAGAGUAUGAAUUAGACUCCAGUUGAGACAAUUCAUGUUUAAGCA